GACCCAUUUCCUUUCACAUCGUUUCACUUUUCAGGUUAAACCAAGAAAAGGCACAGGCUUUGCGCACGGAUAUAAUAAACGAGCACGUACAAGAAUUCAGCGGACAAACUAAGAUCUUGAGCAAAAUGCCACCUUCUCACCACUAUAGCCAAUCCCAAAACCUCCCCCGCCAUUCCAUUCUUCCCCCGUCUUCGACCACCGCCGGUCCUUCAUCGAUGUCCGCCGCUAAGACUCGGCAGUAUGCGAACCUGCAGGCUCAGUUGGAGCAGCUGAACGCCAAUCUGGCGGACACACAAAACCUGCUCCGUAUGACUUCUGUGCAGGCAGAGGAUAUGCGGUUCCUGGGCGGUUAUGUUGGAGCUCUGUUUAUGGGAUCGGCCAAGGUGUUGGGAGAGGAGGGUGUCAAGGGUAAUGCGGAUAAGAAGGAAAGUGAAUCGUGAUUGAUGAGUACUUUGGUUUAGUGGAGUGCAUGAGUUAUCCUCGAGGGGGUCAUCCAAUACACAGUAACACCGAUAGAUACCACGCCCAUUAAUUCUCGACCACAAAACCGCCUCCGAGGAUAAUCGCCGGUUCCUCGAUAUUAUGAUGUUCGUAACUGGGCCGGUUAGCGCAGCUCGUGGCACCGCAAUGGGGGUUCUCUCUUCUCACCUCAAUGUGCCCACACCUCCAGCUUCCAGAAUCAGCGCGGUCUCGGUUAACGGCUUCCCGGUCCAGCGCAUGGCAAAAGCCCGUAGGAUAUGACCGUGUGCGACAAUCAGGACGUCUCCUUGCUCACUGUCACCGUCGAAACAAGGACUGUGGAACUUCUUCCUGAUAUCGGCGAUUAGGGCAUCGAGACGACGGACGACGUCUUCGGGGGAUCUGAUUGUGACAUUGUCAGUUAGCGAAUAAUGUAUAUAUAUAUAUAUACAUACAUGCAACAGCGACCAAUCCUCUUCCUUCAUUCCAAAACACAAGAGAAAUAAAAAGGAAGGAGGAGGGGGGGUUUAAAGGAAUAGAAAAGAAGAACAGAACUUACUCUCCACCAGGACAGCCAUCCCU